UGAAGUGAACACUCCAUGAGCGCAAUCGUCCAUUCCAAUUCAAAAAUUUAAUUCAAUUUUCAGCUCUGAUCGUGACGAAACGCGAUCCAUCCGCAGAGUCUCACAGACAGUUUCUCCGACCAUUUGGUGAUUUUCAUCAUUCGAUUUGUGAUUUGUGCGCGCGCAGCAUUAUUUUAGCUCACCCCUUCCUGUUUUUUAUCCGGAAAGACCCGUUGAGUGCGAAAGUCAGGGAAGAAAACACCAAAACCUACUGAUUUUGAGACUAAUUCAGAUACGAUUAUAAAUGCAACUUUGAAUGACAGAUUUUCAAAUUAAGCCAUGAAUCUCAUAGUGACAUCAGCAUCCGCACUAACGGUGCUUCAUUUUGUUCUUCUGAUACUGGCGGAUAUCCCUUCAUUGAUUAAUGGCGAAGAGGUCCCUGAUGGUGUUCACUUAAUUAUGAAGACUCGCUCCGGCGAUACACUUAUCAGGGCGGCCCGUGGGGCACUGGCGGAGGAGACAGUCCAUCCCGCAACUAAUGUGGGCAGCCAGCGCAUCAGGAACAACCGUAAAUUGGAAAGAUCCCAAGAUAAUUUGCAACAGGCAGGAGACCACAAGUCGGGCCACAAAAAGCAUGCGGGCGCGGAGAAUGGAAGUGGAGUCUAUCAGCACCCGAAGCACAAGCAAAGUCACAAAAAUAAUAACAAUCAGCAAAGGCAGGUAAUAAAGCAACAACAGCAUGGGCAUCAGCCACAUCAAGGGAGAAAACGGCCAGGACCAAAGGAAAAGUCUUCCGAAACAGCGUCCACCUGCAGGUAUGUGAAGAGCGCUUGGUCAAACUGCGAUGCCAAAACCAGCAUGCGCACUCGAAUUCUGUCUUUAAAGAAAGGGCAGCAAAACUGCCUGCCAACACGAACUAUACAAAAGAAGUGCAAGAAAGGAUGUCGAUAUGAGAAGGGUACUUGGACACAAUGUAACGCGGGACAAAUGACACGAGAGGAUAAUUUACAGGUGCAGGGAACUGGGGGCAGCGAUCAGAACUGCGAUGCAGUGCGCACCGUCAACAAAAAGUGUAAAGAAAUUGGAAGCGCUCUUGAAGGAAAGACCCACGGCCCGAAACGAACCACAAAGGAGCGUAAACAGAAGGAAAAAGGUACUCGUCGUACUUCGCUUCAGGAGUAGUGAAGGCGUGAAGUGGAGUAUUAUAUACAAAGCAAAAAAUUUUAGCAUAGUUUCAUAAGCGGUUUUUCUAAAAGUAAGAAUAUACAUUUUGUAAAAACAUUAAAAACAUAGUUUUCAUUGAAA